AUGGUUACACAUGCUACAAAGACACAUGAAGAGCUGGCGAGUUCACAGCAAGGUGUCUUGACACCCAGCGUGAGACCCAUCCACCAGCAGUGUUUCUAUGAUAAGGUCCUUAUUUUUUCUACUCUUAAUAACGCAACGAAAUACGAACCAUGGAAGAAGUAUUUAUUUACUGGUAUUGUCUCUCUGGCUGCGGUCGCUGCACCACUUCAGAGCAAUAUGCUAUUGCCCGCCUUAUCGGAAAUCUCAGCAUACUUUCACGCCUCUCGAUCGCUUGUAAACCUUUCCAUCGCAUUUUAUAUCCUGGCCAUGGGGAUCAUCCCGCUCUGGUGGUCGGUGAUCUCGGAGCUCUACGGACGGCGUCCGGUCUACCUCACGUCUUUUGCCAUUUUCCUGGUGGGGAAUAUAGUUUCAGCGGAGAGCACAUCGAUCAGCAUGCUGAUUGUCAUGCGCGUUCUUUGCGGAGGCGCAUCGGCAUCUGUUCAAGCGGUUGGGGCGGGAACCGUGGCCGACCUCUGGGAGGUUGAGCGGCGUGGGCAAGCCAUGGGCUACUUUUUCUUGGGUCCGAUGGUCGGCCCGCUCAUCUCUCCUAUCCUGGGCGGCAUCUUGACCGAACGGCUUGGCUGGCGGGCUACUCAGUGGGCCACUGUGGUAUACGGCGCCAUUGUCUGGCUUCUCAUCCUCGUUUGCCUCCCUGAGACCUCAUUCGUUCGCAAGUCUUCGACUCGAGCACAGGCACCCGACGCAAGUUCUCCCGACAUUGAUGAAGGUUCCAUGAUUUCCUUCCCUCGGAUUUGCCGCAUCUUCGUCGAGCCGUUUAAAGUACUAGCCUACCUGCAAUUCCCCCCAGUCCUCCUCACGGUUUACUACGCUAGCAGCACGUUUGCUUGCUACUACGCGGUCAGCAUUACCCUACAAACCAUGUUUUCCGACGCCCCGUACUCCUUUUCGCCGAUCAUCGUCGGCCUUGUCUAUAUCCCUUGUGCCCUGGGUUCGAUUAUGGCGUCGCUUCUGGGUGGCCGGUGGACCGACCAUAUCAUGCGGCGACGGGCUAAAUCAUCGGGUCGGUUCAAUGUGGAGACCGGCCAGAUCAAGUAUCUCCCAGGAGAUCGAAUGGGAGAGAAUGCAUGGCUUGCCUCCUUGAUGUACCCGGCGGCGAGUUUAUGGUUUGGCUGGACUAUUGACAAAGGUGUCUUCUGGCUAUGUCCGGACGGACUAGCACUGGCGUGGCGUUGA